AUGUUGGAAGUACAUUCUAAGCUUGAUAGCUAUAAAAUAAUAGAUUGCCAUUUGUAUUAUUAAAGUAUUUCCUUAAUCUAGUAAAUCCAUCAGAUAGAAUUAAAAAAUAAUUUGAAUUUUCCAGAAAUUCUUUUCUUAACUACCUCGCAUCACUUCAUUUAAACCAUAAGCACAACAUCUGUUGGAAACUUGUUUAAGUAUUGGAUGAAUUCUUCAUAAUAUUUAUCUUUCUUAUAAGCAGGUCAAAGCAAUUUUAUUUAUAUACUUUUUUUUUUGUUAACAUUCAUAGUUUUAAAGUCAUAACAUAUAAAGGAGUAAUCAGACAUCAAGAAAAAGCCUUAAGCAAAUCUCUUUCCCUCUAAUUUAUUUUCUUAAAUCCAAAUUAAAUUAAGACUACUUCUUUGGUAAAUUUCCUUUUUCGAAUAUAUUCUUCUAAAUUCCUUCUCAGCUUCUUUGUUAGAGCAAUAUGAUUAGAGUAAAGCCUUAUAAUCAGGGCUGUUAUUUAAGGCUUUUAUAUUUGUCUUCAAUGAUAUUUUCAAAACAUAGAUAUAUAUAUAUAUUUUUAGUGUAGAGGAGUGUAUAUAUCUACUUAUAUGGUGUAGAUAGGAAUGAAAUAAAGUCAGGUUAGCUUCUUAAACAAUGCCAAAGUGGAAGCAUAAAAUAAAUAUUAUUAAUAUUAAUGAUGUUAAUUAUCUUCCGUAUCAAAAUCUCAUGAAGAGAUUAUGAUAUUAAUAAUACAUCAUUAAUAUAAUAACUAGCAUAGCAAGUUCAACACACAAAUAGAUGUAAUGAUUGUGGAUAACUAAAAUCACAGACUGAUUGUGAAUCAGAAAUUACUGUAACUGGAGCUUGUGAAUGGGUGGCUGCAUAAGGAACAACAGCAGCAAAAUGUUAGAAAAAAACAAUAGUUGAUCCAGUUACCUAUUUCAAACCUUAUUGCGAAUUAGUCGAUAAACCAGAAACUAAUUGUGCUAAAACACUAGGAUGUGCCUAUAUUGACUCAAAAUGCACACAUUUUGCUGGAUGCCAAGCAUAUGUUAAAACUACAACAACAGAUUGCUAGGCCAUAUCCUAUUAUUGUGUUAGUGAUGGAAAUGCAUGUAUUGAGGCUAAGGAGUGCAAAGAUUACACACAAUAAUAAUGUGAAUCUACUCCUAGUAUCUUAGGAAUUUUGAAAUGUAAAUGGGAUACAAAUGCUGGAAAUUGCAGAGAUUAUGCAUGCUCAGAGGUUGAUACCACCUUAAAUACAGAUGAAAAAUGCUCAACUUGGUUAGGUGGAUGUGUGACUAAACGUUAAGGUUGUGUUAAUGCUCCAAGACCUGCAUGCGCUACUUACACAGGAGAUGAUGCUACUUGUUAACCAUACAUAGGAUCUGAUGGAAAUUGUGAAUUAGCAGCUGGAACAACUAAUUGUAAAGCCAAAGAAUGUGCAAAUGCUCCUGUAUCAUUAGCUUCUGAUGAUGACUGUAAGGCCUAUUAAAAAGGAUGCAUUACAACCGGUAAAGGCUGUGUUUUAGCAAAAACAAAACCAUUAUGUUUUCAUCUUAUUCAGGUGAUAGCACUACUUGUGUUGGAUAUAUUGGAUCAGAUGGAAUUUGUGAAGGUGUGCUGGAGGUUCUAAAUGCAGAGCAAGAAAAUGUGAAAAUGGGGUAUUCAAUACAGAUGAACUUUGUAAAUAGUACUAAAGCAGUUGUAAAACAAAUGGAAAGACUUGUGUCUCAACAUUAUCAGCUUGUAAUACUUAUAAAGGAACUGCCACUACUUGUGCUGUAUAUAUUGGCACUGAUGGUUAUUGCAAAGGAACCAGUACAACUACGGAAGCUACUUGUGCACCAAAGGUAUGUGACGAAGCACCAGACACAACAACAACUGAUGAUGCUUGUGCCAAGUAUUAAAUUGGAUGUGUCACUACAGGAAAAGGAUGUGUUACGAAGAAUAAUUUGAAAUCUUGUACUACUUAUGAUGGAGACGCUACUAGUUGUUAAUCUAGAAUUGGAACUGAAGGAAAGUGCACAUGGAAGAGUGGAACUAAAUGUGUUGCUAGAGAUUGUGCUUCAGCAGCAAGUAAUGUAAAUACUAAUUUUCUUUGUGCCAAUUAUUUCACUAAUUGUGUGACAACUGGAUCUGGAUGUGUUUCAUAAACUACUUGUGAUUUAACUGUCAAAUAAUAAAGUUGCGAAGGUACUAACAAUUGUUCUUGGUAACCAAUAUGUACUAGUAAUGCAUCUUGCAGUGAUUUUAAGAAAAAAUCAAUUUGUUUAGCAAAUUAGGCUAGGAUUAGAACAUAAGAUGGAGUAGAUGAUUAAGGAAAUGCUAAAUACAUCUAUGUAACAGGAAAGUGUGGUUGGUUGAAUAAUGCUUGCAAAGAUUUGGCUUGUUCAGAUUUAACUGGAGCUUAUUACAAUACUGAUGCUAAUUGUGCAGCAGAACUAUCAACAUGCAUUAGUAAUAGAGUUGAUGCCUGCAUAACCAAAUAAGACUGUGAAAAACUUUUUGGAACAUAAUCUACUUGCUUAAGUUAUCCAGGUUACUGUACUAAAGUAUCUCUUGCAACAGACACAACACCUUGUGUAUUGAGAAAGUGUACAGAUAAUACAGAUGCUACAGAUAAUGCUACUUGUGCUACAUCCCUACCUGGAUGCAUUAGUAAUGGAAAAGGUUGUGUUGAUUACAAUACUCCAUUUACAUCAAUGAAAGGAACGUAGGACACUUGCAAUAAACUAUUUGCUUAUAAGAGUGGAGCAAUCAUCAACUUUAAUACAAAUUAAUGUUACAAUAGUGCAAGUGCUGCUGAUACUGACUUUUGUAAAGUUAAGACUUGCAAAUUAGCCGAAAACUAGACUGAUGGAACAUGUGGAUCAUUUUUAGAUGGAUGUGUCUAUAAUGGUAAUGGAGGCUGUGUUGAUCCUAAAGCUGGUGACACAACUUGUGGAAGUUACACAGGUAUUGCUGCCUUCUGCGAGUCUGCAAUUGUAGGAACUAAUAAUGCAAAAUAUUGUUUUGGACAAUCUACAUCAGCAGCAUGCACUCAAAGAACAUGUACAGAUAAUACAACAGCCACUAAAGAUGAGGGAUUGUGA